AUGUACCAGAGAGCGCAAUCUCUAGGUAACACCUUCCGCUAUGUCUUGCAAAAGCACGGCCUCAACUCGGCGUUGGUGCACCAAAACGUAGGUCCCAUCUACCGAAACGGCGAAACGGCACGGCAGAGCACUGCCGUCAUCAUCACCACCACCAUCUCCCCCGCAUCAUCAUCAUCAUCAUCCCCCUCUUCUACAACCAUCACCCUCCUCGCCACCACAGCACCCACAAUGGACGACGUGAACGACAUCGACGCCACCGACGAAGAAAAUCUCCAGUGGCAACUCCUACUCCUCCUCCUCUUGCAUUACCGCCGCAGCCAAUCGCGCUAUCGAUACAAAACAGAAAAAGAACUGCGAGACGAAGACGAAGACGAAGUGUGCGAAAGCCGCCAUCGCUACUCGCUGCGCCGCAACAUGCACCGCUGCCUGAAAUCAGUGCUGGACGUAGACAUGCAAGCAGAGCCGAACUCCGAGCUGGAAGCACAAGUGCAAGCAGCGCUGGAAGAAGAACUGCGCUACUCGCUGCGCUGCAUAGAAGCCGAGAUAGGCUUAGACCGCGUGGAGGAGCUCUGCCGUCGAGCCCGCGUGAACGCUGCGAAGAUCUCAGGCACCACUAUUCCUACUCCUACCACGACCGCCGCCGCCGCUGGCGAUUUCACCGGCGAGCAGGAUCGCGUGUGUCGUAUGUUGCGGUUUUCGCCUAGUACGACGACGACCAUGACGCUUCCUGCCGCCAGCGCUGUAGAGCAGAGCCCGUUCGUCACGCGCAUGCCACGGGCAAGUCACGCACAAGCGCAGACGGGUCGCGCUAGCGGCGGAGUGGUGAAGCGGGGUGCUAGGGUGCGGAGGUAA